UGCUGCUGGUCAGACAGGGCUUCGUUUUGCUUUUUCCUCACGCACUUUUUGCAUUUUUCUGGGCCACCUUGUUUGCGAUUUUCUUUUCGUUCCGUUUAAAGUCUCGUUGUCGCUGCACUCCCAUCAUGCCUCAUCUCCCUGAAGCUCCUACCCAUCUGUCCACAGCCCACCGCACCUGGUCGCGGUUACAAGAGCUGCGGGCCAACCCGGCCGUGGAGCUGGAUGGCAACAGCCUGGACAUUGCCUCUGUUGUUGCCGUUGCCUACCAUGGCUGUCUUCCCAAGCUGUCCUCCGACCCCACCGUGAUCGAAGCCAUCACCGACAGUGUGCGGGUGUUGAUGGAUCACCUCGACCACGGAUACUGCGUCUACGGAGUCAACACUGGUUUCGGGGGUAGUGCCGACUCACGCACCGACAAGGCCUCUGCUCUACAGGCUGCUCUGCUGCAGCUGACGCAAGCCGGUGUGCUCACGGCGGCGGACAAGACCACGGGCGACGCGCGGGGACGGGCCUCGACGGCCUCGCCCACGGCCAUGCCCAGUCCUUGGGUGCGUGCCUCCAUCGUCGUGCGCGCCAACAGCAACGCGCGUGGCCACUCUGCUGUCACGCUCAACGUGCUGGAGGGUCUACUGGACCUCCUCCGCCACCGCAUCACUCCCAUCAUCCCCCUCCGCGGCUCCGUCUCCGCCUCGGGAGAUCUGAUGCCUCUCUCCUACAUCGCCGGUGCGGUCGAGGGUUCCCCCGACAUCUACGUCCAAGUUGGCAGCGCAGACCCCGCUAUUCCCCCCCAAAUCAUGUCUGCCUGCGACGCCCUCGCCGCAGCUGGGAUCCCCCGUCGCGUCAUGGGCCCCAAGGAGGGUCUGGGUCUGGUCAACGGCACGGCUUGCUCCGCCGCGCUGGCCAGUCUGGCACUGCACGAGUCGCACCAGCUCGCCAUCACCACACAAGCCCUCGGUGCCAUGGGCGUGGAAGCCAUGCUGGGCACGGCGGAGUCCUUCCACCCGUUCAUCUCCGCCACGCGCCCGCACCCGGGCCAGAUCGAGUGCGCGCGCAACGUGCUCGCCCUGCUGCAAGGGUCCCGGCUCGCCGUGGGCGUCCACCGCGAGAAAGACCGCAAACGCUCCGGCCUGAUCCAAGACCGCUACGCGUGGCGCAGCGUCCCCCAAUGGGUGGGGCCGCAACUCGAGGACCUCCUCCUGGCGGACCGCCAACUCACGACCGAGCUCAACUCCUCGUGCGACAACCCGCUCGUCGACACGGCCAACCGCGAGAUCUACUGCGGGGCGAACUUCCAGGCGGCGGCGGUGACCUCGGCGAUGGAGAAGACCCGGCUGUCGCUGCAGAUGCUGGGCAAGAUCCUGUUCGCGCAGGCGACGGAGCUGGUGGACCCGAACUACAACAACGGGCUGCCCACCAACCUCGUGGCGGACGACCCCUCGUGCUCCUUCACCAUGAAGGGCGUCGACAUCAGCAUGGCCGCCUACAUGGCCGAGCUGGCCUACCUGGCCCACCCGGUCAGCGCGCACGUCCAGACGGCCGAGAUGCGCAACCAGGCCGUCAACUCGCUGGCCUUCAUCAGCGCGCGCUACACGAUGCAGGCCGUCGAGCUGGUCAGCCUCAUGUCGGCCGCUUACUUGUAUAUCGCGUGCCAGGCGCUGGACCUCCGGGCGCUGCACCUGCGCUUCCUGGAGACGGUGCGCCCGCGCAUCGACGCGCUCAUCCGCACCUCCUUCUCCCGCUUGCCCGGGGAUGAGCUCGAGGCGCUCAUCGAGACCGUCCUGGCCACCCUGACCACCAGCUGGGGCACGACCACCCGCGUCUCGCUGCCGGAUCGCUUCGCGCAGACCGUGCAGUCCGUGGUGCCCAUCGUCGUCGACCGCGUCGCCGCCACCGGCAGUGGCAGUGACAGUGGCGCACAGAUCUCGCUGGGCGAUAUCACGGCGUGGAAGACGCAGGCCAUCGCCGUGCUAGGCGACGUCUACACCACCACCGCCGCGGCGUUCAAGCAGAGCCCCCACACGGCGGAGCUGCUCGGCGCCGGCUCCACGGCGUUGUACACGCUUGUCCGGGAGCAGCUGGGCGUGCCCUUCCACCAGGGGUUCGUGGAGCACCCUGUCCCGGGCGCCACGGAGCUGGACGGCCGCGACAAGAAGACGGUCGGGUCGUGGGUGAGUGUGAUCUACGAGGCGGUGCGCAGAGGCGAUGUCGCUGGACGGUUGUUUGAGAAGGUUAUGGGCUAGCGUUUCUUUAUUUCACAAAUCUGGUUGGUUUGGGGUCUGGAUGGAGUUCGGAUAGAUUAUGAUAAUAGACGUGC